UUAGCUGCUUCGCUGAGGGCGGACGGACGGAUCGAGAGACGGAGGAAACGCUAGAGCCUGAGCGGGGCCCGGGCAAAGCUCUGUUGGUGCUGGGAGGAACAGCCCCAGCCCGGCCCCGCGGGGGGGAGAUGGCGUCCUACGUGGAUAACAGCUUCCGCCAGGCGGUGAUGAAGAACCCAGCCGAGAGGAGCCCCCAGGAUCUGGAAAUAGUGUAUUCCUAUUUACAUGGAAUGGAAGCUUUGUCCAACUUAAGGGAGCAUCAACUCAGAUUAAUGUGUGAAACUGUGAGAUAUGAAAGACAUGAAGCAAAUGAGGUUUUGUACUAUCCUGAUGAUAUUGGUACCUGUUGGUAUAUCCUUCUCUCCGGUUCAGUGUUCAUUAAGGAGUCUAUGUUUCUUCCAAGGAGCAGUUUUGGCAAACGUUCUGCAGGAAGCUUUAGGCGGGGCUGUGAAUGCAUUGUUUUGGAACCAUCUGAAAUGAUUGUGGUGGACUAUAUGGAUGAAAAUGAAGAAUAUUUUCAACGACAAGCUUCUCAUCGACAGUCUAGAAGGAGAUUUAGAAAAAUUAACCAGAAAGGUGAAAGACAAACAAUCAUUGACACUGUGGAUCCUUACCCUGUCGGAAAGCCUCCUUUACCUAGAGGUUAUCAUACGGAAUGCACUAAAUCUCAGCUUCCCGCAGAUUUCACAAAACUCCACCUCACUGACAGUCUCCACCCCCAGGUGACCCACGUUUCUUCCAGUCAUUCAGGAUGUAGCAUCACUAGUGAUUCUGGAAGCAGCAGCCUCUCUGAUAUCUACCAGGCCACAGAAAGUGAGGCUGGUGAUAUGGACCUGAGUGGGCUGCCAGAAACUGCAGUGGAUUCAGAAGAUGAUGAUGAUGAAGAGGACAUUGAGAGAGCCUCAGAUCCUUUGAUGAGCAGGGAUAUCGUUAGAGAUUGCUUGGAGAAAGACCCAAUUGACCGGACAGAUGAUGACAUUGAACAACUUUUGGAAUUUAUGCAUCAGUUACCUGCUUUUGCAAACAUGACUAUGUCUGUUAGAAGAGAACUCUGUGCUGUGAUGGUUUUUGCAGUGGUAGAAAGAGCAGGAACUAUAGUAUUAAAUGAUGGAGAAGAGCUGGACUCCUGGUCAGUAAUCUUAAAUGGUUCAGUGGAAGUGACUUAUCCAGAUGGAAGAACAGAGAUUUUAUGUAUGGGGAACAGUUUUGGUGUCUCCCCUACCAUGGACAAGGAAUACAUGAAAGGAGUAAUGAGAACAAAAGUGGAUGAUUGCCAGUUUGUCUGCAUAGCUCAGCAAGAUUACUGCCGCAUUCUCAACCAGGUGGAAAAGAACAUGCAAAAAGUAGAAGAGGAAGGAGAGAUAGUUAUGGUGAAAGAACACAGAGAACUUGAUCGUACUGGAACAAGAAAAGGUCACAUUGUCAUCAAGGGCACUUCAGAAAGGUUAACAAUGCAUUUGGUUGAAGAACAUUCAGUGGUGGAUCCAACAUUUAUAGAAGAUUUCCUACUGACCUACAGGACCUUUCUGUCCAGCCCAAUGGAAGUGGGGAAAAAGUUAUUGGAGUGGUUCAAUGACCCUAGCCUCAGGGAUAAGGUUACACGGGUAGUGUUGUUGUGGGUGAAUAAUCACUUCAAUGACUUUGAAGGGGAUCCUGCCAUGACUCGGUUUCUAGAAGAGUUUGAAAACAAUUUGGAGAGAGAGAAAAUGGGUGGACAUCUGAGGCUAUUAAAUAUUGCCUGUGCAGCUAAAGCCAAGCGGAGAUUGAUGACACUCACAAAGCCUUCGCGGGAAGCUCCUUUGCCUUUCAUUUUGCUUGGAGGUUCUGAGAAGGGAUUCGGUAUCUUUGUGGAUAGCGUGGAUUCAGGUAGCAAAGCAGCAGAAGCAGGCUUGAAGCGUGGGGACCAGAUUUUAGAGGUAAAUGGUCAAAAUUUCGAAAACAUUCAGCUCGCAAAAGCUAUGGAAAUUCUGAGAAAUAAUACACAUUUAUCUAUCACUGUGAAAACCAAUUUAUUUGUGUUUAAAGAACUUUUAACACGAUUAUCAGAGGAGAAAAGAAAUGGUGCCCCACAUCUCCCCAAGAUCGGAGACAUUAAAAAGGCCAGUCGCUACUCCAUCCCAGACCUUGCAGUGGAUGUGGAGCAGGUGAUAGGACUCGAAAAAGUGAAUAAGAAAAGCAAGGCAAACACGGUGGGGGGAAGGAACAAGCUCAAAAAGAUCCUCGACAAGACUCGGAUCAGUAUUUUGCCACAGAAACCAUAUAAUGAUAUUGGAAUUGGCCAGUCUCAGGACGACAGCAUUGUAGGAUUACGGCAGACAAAGCACAUCCCAACGGCAUUACCUGUCAGUGGAACCUUAUCAUCUAGUAAUCCUGAUUUAUUGCAGUCACAUCACCGCAUUUUAGAUUUCAAUACCACUCCAGAUUUACCAGACCAAGUUUUAAGGGUUUUUAAGGCAGACCAGCAGAGCCGCUACAUCAUGAUCAGCAAGGACACGACAGCAAAGGAAGUGGUCAUUCAGGCCAUCAGGGAAUUUGCUGUGACUGCCACACCUGAUCAAUACUCCUUGUGUGAGGUCUCUGUUACUCCUGAGGGAGUAAUUAAACAAAGAAGACUCCCAGAUCAGCUUUCCAAACUGGCUGACCGAAUACAACUGAGUGGAAGGUAUUAUCUGAAAAACAACAUGGAGACAGAAACCCUUUGUUCAGAUGAAGAUGCCCAGGAGUUGUUGCGAGAAAGUCAGAUUUCAUUAUUACAGCUCAGCACCGUUGAAGUCGCUACGCAACUCUCUAUGCGGAAUUUUGAACUUUUUCGUAACAUCGAACCCACAGAAUACAUUGAUGAUUUGUUUAAGCUCAAAUCAAAAACUAGCUGUGCAAACCUAAAAAAAUUUGAGGAAGUUAUUAACCAGGAAACAUUUUGGGUAGCAUCUGAAAUCUUACGGGAGACCAACCAGCUAAAGAGGAUGAAGACGAUUAAACAUUUCAUCAAGAUAGCAUUACACUGUAGGGAGUGCAAGAAUUUUAACUCAAUGUUUGCAAUCAUCAGUGGCCUAAACCUGGCACCAGUUGCAAGACUUCGAACUACUUGGGAAAAACUUCCCAGCAAAUACGAAAAGUUAUUUCAGGAUCUCCAGGACCUGUUUGAUCCCUCUAGAAACAUGGCAAAAUAUCGCAAUGUCCUAAACAGCCAAAACCUGCAGCCUCCUAUUAUCCCUCUUUUCCCUGUAAUCAAGAAAGAUCUUACAUUCCUUCAUGAAGGAAAUGAUUCAAAAGUGGAUGGGUUGGUUAAUUUUGAAAAGCUGAGAAUGAUUGCAAAAGAAAUUCGCCAUGUUGGUCGUAUGGCUUCAGUUAACAUGGAUCCAGCCCUAAUGUUUAGAACUAGGAAGAAGAAAUGGAGGAGUUUGGGGUCUCUCAGUCAAGGUAGUACAAAUGCAGCAGUAUUAGAUGUCGCACAGACUGGCGGACACAAAAAGCGUGUUCGCCGGAGUUCCUUCCUCAAUGCCAAAAAGCUAUAUGAAGAUGCCCAAAUGGCUCGCAAGGUUAAACAGUACCUGUCCAAUUUGGAUCUAGAAAUGGAUGAGGAGAGCCUUCAGACAUUAUCUUUGCAGUGUGAACCGGCAACUAACACCUUACCUAAGAAUCCUGGAGAAAAGAAGUCUGGCAAACCCGAUACAUCCCCGGUCGCUUCACGAGCAGGAACACAGCAGAAGGCACAGGCACAGCCACCACCGCAGCAGCAACCACCACCCCCAGCACACAAAAUAAACCCUGGAUUGCAGGUUCCUGCAGUUUCUCUCUAUCCAUCACGAAAAAAAGUACCUGUAAAGGAUCUCCCUCCUUUUGGUAUCAACUCUCCACAAGCUUUAAAGAAAAUUCUUUCUUUGUCAGAAGAAGGAAGUUUGGAACGUCAUAAGAAACAAGCAGAAGAUACGAUAUCAAAUGCAUCUUCACAACUCUCUUCUCCUCCAACUUCUCCACAAAGCUCUCCAAGAAAAGGUGGCAGUGGCAAUCAGCUGAGAUCUUAUGGCUCCAGACAGUCGGACCUAACCAGUUCCUCCUCUUCUCUUGGAAGUUAUACUUUGGCUCCUAGUGGCACUGUGGAUAACUUUUCAGAUUCUGGUCACAGUGAAAUUUCUUCCCGAUCUAGUAUUGUCAGCAAUUCUUCCUUUGACUCAAUGCCAGUCUCACUGCAUGAUGAGAGGAGACAGCGGCAUUCUGUCAGCAUUGUGGAAACUAAUCUAGGUAUGGGCAGAAUGGAGAGGCGAACUCUGCUUGACCCAGAUCAGUAUAGUUUAGGAUCCUACGCACCAGUGUCAGAGACUCGGGGUUUAUACGCCGGGGCUACAGUGAUUUCUUCCCCAAGUACAGAAGAACUUUCACAGGACCAGGGAGACAGAGCUUCACUGGAUGCAGCAGACAGUGGCCGCGGAAGCUGGACUUCUUGCUCAAGUGGUUCCCACGAUAAUAUACAGACUAUCCCGCACCAGAGAAGCUGGGAGACGCUUCCUUUCGGGCACGCUCAUUUUGAUAGUGCAGGGGAUGGUGCAGCCUUGUGGGCUUCAGGUAGUCACAUGGACCCGGUUCUGUUUCCUGAUCAUAGCACAAAAUACAACAGACAGAAUCAAAGUCGGGAGAGUCUGGACCAAGCCCAGUCAAGGGCGAGCUGGGCAUCCUCAACCGGAUACUGGGGAGAAGACUCAGAGGGUGACACAGGCACCAUCAAACGAAGGGGUGGGAAGGAUGUUUCCAUUGAAGCGGAGACAAGUAGUAUCACCUCUGUGACGACAGAAGAGACAAAGCCUGUCCCAAUGCCCGCUCACAUAUCGGUGACAUCAAAUACUUCUGCGAAGGGUCUUAUUGCUCGAAAAGAAGGCAGGUAUCGAGAACCACCACCGACCCCUCCAGGCUAUGUAGGCAUCCCCAUCACCGAUUUCCCAGAUGGACAUUCACAUCCAGCCAGCAGGAAACCUCCAGACUACAAUGUCGCACUCCAGAGGUCUCGAAUGGUGGCCCGGACAUGUGAAACACCCGGGCCCUCCACAUUACAGCAGCCGCACGGUCAUCCAACAAGCCGGCCCGUGAACAAACCUCAGUGGCAUAAACCAAAUGAGUCAGACCCACGCCUGGCUUCCUAUCAGCCUCAAGGGUUUUCCACAGAGGAGGAUGAAGAUGAGCAAGUCUCUGCUGUCUGAGAAUUGGGGCUUUUCUGGAUCCAGAGUGAGCCACCGAAAAAAGGAGAGCACAAGAAGAUGUCCCUAGUGUAGGAGCCUUGGAACUCAAAUCCAAAGGAUGGUGGACCGAUUUGCCUCCUUCCCUGCCUUAAAGCAGCAUGGGGCUUCUUCUCUCCCUUCUUCCCCAUCCCUCUUGCAUGUGAAAUACUGUGAAGAAAUUGCCCUGGCACUUUUCAAACUGUGUUGCUUCCAAUGCCCAGUGCAGCCUUCUCCAAACCUCCCCGCCAUCGCUGGUCUACCACCUCACGCGAUACCAUUCCAUAAAUUCCAAGAUCUUCACCCUAUCCAGGUGAUUCACUCGGGCUGCACUUCUCAUGCCCAGAAGGGUGGGGUGGUUUUUUUUUUUUUAUUGUUUUGUUUUUAAACCUUCCUUUGAGAUUUUAAUCAUUAUCCUAGCACUUGGUCUCAUUGGGGGUAAAUGAGAUAAGCCAGCCAUUGAUCGAUUUGGGGCCUUUAUCCUACCAAGGAAGAAAGCAGAGACGUGAUGAAAUCCUCUUGAGUUCAGUGCUCAUUUGCUUGUUUACAAUGCCUAUUUUUGUUACGGUUUCUAAAUAUUGUGUUCAGAGAGUAAAUGUUAUUCUAUAUGUGGAAGAAUUACAGUAUUAUUUUGUACCUUUUUUUAAAGUAGGGUUGCCAGCCUGGGUUUUGUAAAACCAAAUAAACCAGACAUGGUCUUGCUCUACAGAGAAGCAUGGUAGGCGUAACGAUGCUCUCUCUGUUUGCCCCGGUAGCCCGUCCCAGGAAAUGCCCCGUCCUGGACGCAUGAAGUCUUAGCCAAUUGUUAAAUUAACAAGAACCCUGUCUACUCCCCCCUCUUCUCCCCCCAAACCCUUUUCCUUCUCCCCCCCCCCCAGUGGGCAGAGCCUUUAUGCAGAACUAAGCAUUUGCACGUAUCCAGUAGAGGGAAAUAGGACUUUCUGUGUCCUGUGUCUGAGCCUUGUGGAGCCCCAGAGAGCUUUCCUUUACAAGGAAGAUCCUGCUUCAGGAAGAUGGAUGGCAACCCCACCUCUAAGUUAUAUUUCUAUGACCUUUUUGUUGUCGUCGUCAUUCUUGUUGAUUUAGAGAUUUAGUUAUUUUCAGAGAAAAAGUUAUAACUGGAUAAUAUUGCAGUAAAAGCAGCUUGGGAUGUCAGGCGGAUGCCGGCUGUUUGAACUGCUUCUGAGUCAGUCUCCUUCCUCUGGCUUGGUGUAUUAAGGAAUACACAAGCCAGGGGAGCGAUCAAAGAUAAAUAACCCGGUUAGAUAUGCCCGCCUCGGCAAUGCAGACUCUUCCUGGAAAGAGGAGACCGUUCGAUGGCUUUAGGAACGCUGCGAUGUCUAGAGAAAGGCCAACGUGUAGCAACCACCUGCUCACAGCUGCUAUUAACCCCACCAUGACUGAAAUGACCCCCUCCGCUCUAUUUUUGUGUUGUUUUUGCACAGACUCCGGAAAAGUGAAGGCUGCCAAUCCGAGUAGUGCUCCGAUGGGAGGAACUGCCGGUCUGGGAUAUUUUUUUUUCCAUUAAACUCAGCUGAUCAUAUUGAUCGGUAGAUAAAACGUAAAUAGCUUCAACUUUUAAAAGUCAAAUUGCAGUGUUUUUUCACUGUAUCAAACCAUGUCAGUGCUUUAUUUAAUAAUCCUCUCCUGUAAUCAUGGCUUUGUCUACUUGCUUAUAUAUCACAUUGUCAAUUAUGCAUUUGUAAUUUUACAUAGAAUAUGCAUUCUUUGCCGGUUUUAUUAUAUAGGCUAUGGACCUCAUGUGCAUAUAGAAAGACAGAAAUCUAGCUCUAUCACAAGUUGCACAGAUGUUAUAUAAGCAUUAAGUAAUUGUAGAACCUAGGACGGCUAAACUAAAGUUCACUCUGUGAUGUCCAGUGCAGAAUGUACAAUGAAUUAACUGGUGAUUUCCUCAUACUUUUGAUACUACUUGUACCUGUAUGUCUUUUAGAAAGACAUUGGUGGAGUCUGUAUCCCUUUUGUAUUUUUAAUACAAUAAUUGUACAUAUUGGUUAUAUUUUUGUUGAAAAUGGUAGAAAUGUACUAUGUUUAUGCUUCUACAUCCAGUUUGUACAAAGCUGGAAAAUAAAUAAAUAUAACAG